GCGGCCUCUCCACGUCGCUACGCCGACAUGGCAGGAGGAGGUGUGAAGAAAAAGUCUUUUGGUCCCCUGUCCCGACUGAGGGGCAAAUUGCACGUACUAUGGCAGGACAAGCAUUUGGUUUUGUUCAGGGCGGACUACACACUGCUGGUCGUCUCUGUUCUGUGGCUCCUGGAGAUAGGGAUCAACCUAUGGGUCAUCCAAAAAGUGGCAUACACAGAAAUAGACUGGAAAGCUUACAUGGAUGAGGUGGAGGGAGUCAUCAACGGUACCUACGACUACACCCAGCUUAAAGGAGACACGGGCCCCCUGGUGUACCCUGCUGGCUUUGUCUACAUCUUCACAGCUCUGUAUUACAUCACCGGCCACGGGGUGAACAUCCGUCUGGGACAAUAUAUUUUCGCCGUCUUCUACCUCAUCACACUGCUGCUGGUCUUCAGGAUAUACUGCCGUACGAAAAAGGUUCCUCCCUAUGUGUUCUUCUUUGUGUGCUGUGCUUCCUACCGGAUCCACUCCAUCUUUGUGCUGCGUCUCUUCAACGAUCCAGUGGCCAUGAUGCUGCUAUUUGGGGCUGUCAAUCUCUUCCUGGAUGGACGCUGGACCCUGGGCUGCGGCCUAUAUAGUUUAGCAGUGUCUGUGAAAAUGAAUGUGCUCCUAUUCGCCCCUGGCCUCCUCUUCCUCCUCCUGUCUGAAUUUGGUGUCAUCAGGACUAUCCCCAAACUCUCUCUGUGUGCUGGCAUACAGCUGUUACUGGGUCUCCCUUUCCUCAUGGAGAAUCCCGUUGGUUACGUGAGCCGAGCCUUUGAUCUGGGCCGUCAGUUCAUGUUCAAAUGGACGGUGAACUGGCGCUUCCUGCCGGAGUGGCUCUUCCUGAGUCGCUAUUUCCACCUGCUCCUGCUGGCUGCCCACCUGCUCACCCUGCUGCUCUUUGCCCUCCGCCGUUGGAAGAGGCCAGAAGAGAACAUUCUCGAACUGCUGAAAGAGCCAGGCAAGAGGAAGGUUCCUGCUCAGAAAAUGUCUGUUGAUCAGAUAGUGCUGGUUCUGUUUACCUCUAACUUCAUUGGAAUGUGCUUCAGCCGCUCAUUGCACUACCAGUUCUAUGUUUGGUACUUCCACACGCUACCUUACCUGCUAUGGAGUGGAGGAGUCAAGAAACUGGCUCACCUGCUCAGGGUCCUAAUCCUGGGUCUUAUCGAGCUUUCAUGGAACACCUACCCGUCCACUAAUUACAGCUCAGCCGCCCUGCAUGUCUGUCACCUCAUCAUCCUCCUCUGUUUAUGGCUGGCUCCGACGCCAGCCUCUGCCCCGGCAGAUGCACAGGGAGGCGCGUCCGUCAAGGAUAAACGGCAGUGAGCUCCAGACCCAGGUGUACUUGGGUCUGACCGUCCGUCUAACAGCCUCCAUCCCCCUGUCUUCGUGACACAGAGGGAAGUCACUGGGGAAGACUGUCUUAACAAAAAGGAGCUGUUUUGAUGCUUCUCAUCUCAGCUCACCACGUAAUGUGAAGAGAUAUUAACAUGUGGAUGCAGUCACAGACACAGACACCUAAAUGAGGAAAUGGUAUGUGACAGAGAAUUGAAGAUAUGAAAGAAAGAAAGUAUGGAUUCUCAGGUUCCCUUUUCAGAUAUGUAAUUGGAAGAGCAGAGUAUAGUGCUGAGGAGAAAUUGUGAAUGUUUUGCUGUGACUAAAGAUAUCUUAAGAAUUUGUUACACAGGCUAUACAGCUACUUAUUUUUAUGCUAAAACUACAUUCUUCCCAUGAUUAAUCUCGUCAGGUAAUUCUCAACAGUUUGACAGGUUUAUUAAUAACUAACUCAUUUCCUGGUGUGCAAAAUGUUAUUUUGUACUUUGUUUUUAAGAGAGCAGUAUAUUGUACCUAAAGAAUGUCAUUAAUAUACCACAGAACUUGAACUUCGCAAUCAGAGCUUAAAUGUCAUUGCAUAUCAGACAUAAGCUUGUGGCAUUACCACUGGGCACUGUAGAUAUUCAAUAAUACAAGGCCAAAAAUAGUGUCCAGUAGUUAUGUAACUUGCUACAACCAUGUAGAAAUGAGCUGGAGACAAUCUUGGCUAUUUGUUUUGUUUUUCUAAUUUCAUUCAUCUUCUUGAAUUUGGCACAGUGCUCAUCAUUAUGAAAGUAGAUUAAAUGUGACAGUAUACUGUAGACUGAAACAACAAAAGUGUGAACUUUUAUAUUAAAGCGAGUUUUCAGUUAGCCUUAGUGAAGUGCUUUUUUGGGGGGAGUGGGGCUGCAUGUUUUUGUUACACAUGAAGACAAAUGGAUUAAUUUCAACAUUAUGUUUUUAUUUUGUGGGACAAUAAAUUCAUUGCUGUAAAGAAUCAUUUGUGAAUUUA